AUGCAAUACACGCAUCUGAUAGUAGUCUGCUGCCAUGCAAUUUACCUGGGUGGCCCGGCUCAUGGUGAAUCAGAGGAUGAAUGGCUCAUUGAGCCGUUUCAACGUGGCGAGACGCCGACAUUCAAACAACACGCAAGAGCCGGUGUUGAACUAUUAGCACAGGAUUCAUCUGCAGUUCUUAUUUUCUCAGGAGGGGCAACGAAGAGGGACAGAACCAAGUUGACUGAAGGAGAAUCGUACCUAAAUCUUGCGAGGGAUAACAGUUUCUUCGGCUUCGCCGACGUGACCAAUCCAGUCAACAUCCUCGCCGAAACGCAUGCCACAGACUCGUAUCAAAAUGUGCUCUUCUCGCUCAUGCGGUUCCGGCUUCACACGAACCGUUACCCGGCCCGCAUAACCGUCGUGACACAUGAUUUCAAAAGGCGGCGGUUUCUGGAAUUCCAUUUCCCAGCUAUUGGCAUCGCAGCGUGUGAGGCUGAAGAGUGUAUGGCAAACAGUCAAGAGUCUCGGCUUGAAACGUUCAUAGAAGUCCAGAUCCUUGGCAUUGAUCCUCCGGAGAGUGUCACGUCGAGGGCAUCGCUAGAGACCGGAGAAGAGACAAGUGGAAUCGGGCUAUGGAGAAGGGAUAUAUAUGGCGUCGGACCAGAAUUGGCUGGGAAAAGAGUGAAAAGAGGCUGGGAACUCGGCAUGGAACAGGAUCUCUUUGUCAACGCCGGGUUAGAGCCGGCCGUGGAGCAACUGAUUUGCUGGGACGGAGGAGACAAGGGCAAUGAGCUAUUUACGAAGAUGGAUCAGCUCCCUUGGUGUCGGUAA